AUGGUGACUUCUCAAGCCCUUGCUAUUUUAAUUUUAAGUGUAAAUUGUAUUUCUGCAUUUCUUCUGUUUAAAAGUAAUGGGCAGGAAUCAUUAUGGAAAAUGAAUUUAAACGUCAAAGAAGAAAAACAAAAUGCUAACACGGAUUUUGAAUGUUCUAAUGGAUUCUGCAAAUUUCUAAAUCAUACCGACGGUCAAGGUGACGCUCUCAUUCUGACGCCCCUUAUUGAGACUGGAAAGAUAGCACAAGCGAGGAAUCUUUCAAUAGUAGACCCCAGCCAUUUCGCCGGUGUAAACUCACAUGCAGCUUACUUUACUGUGAACAAAACAAAUAAGUGGCACUUGUUCUUCUGGUAUUUUCCUGCAGAAAAUGUUCCUUUAGAAAGUACACCACUCAUUAUCUGGUUACAAGGUGGUCCUGGUAGCUCUUCCUUUUUUGGAUUAUUUGAAGAAAUAGGUCCUUUACAAAUUACAAAUGGAAAAGUGGAACGAAAACCCAUCACGUGGGGAAGCAAUUACUCUCUUCUAUUCAUUGACAAUCCUGUUGGUAGUGGAUUUAGCUUCACAGAAAAUCCUAACCUCUACGCCAGGGAUGAAAAUACGGUAGGGCAAUCUCUCCUCAACUUUCUUCAACAGUUUCUACAAGUUUUUUCAGAACUGAGGCAAGCUCCCCUUUUUAUUGCCGGCGAGUCGUAUGCUGGCAAAUAUAUCCCUGCUUUUGGAUAUUACAUCCAUCACAACAAAAAUGAUUCAAUGCCUAUCAAUCUUAAGGGAUUAGCAAUUGGUAAUGGCUGGACUGAUCCUCCAACACUGAUGCACUAUUCAGAGUUUGCGUUACAAGUGGGGCUACUAGAUCCUAAGCAAGCUGCAAAAGUGCAUCAAUUUGAAGAAGAUUCUCGAAACUGUUGGAACAAAAGGAAUAUGUCAUGCUUUACAUAUAAUGCAGAUAGAGCUUACACUACCUUAAUUUACAACGCUCCUGUAAGUCAAUAUAAUUAUUUGAAGGAUGCGUCAAACAAAAUUAAUGUAACGCCUUUUAGCGACUUUUUAAACAAGGCCCAGAUUCAGGACUUAUUGCACGUGAAAAAGAUGAAAUAUUAUCCACUUAACUAUGUUGUAUAUGGAAAUUUAUACUCUGAUUUUUAUUUAACGGUAAAACCUUGGCUGGAAGAAUUGUUGGAACACUACGGAGUGAUGUGCUACAGUGGACAAUUGGACGUGAUAGUUGCUUAUGCGCUAGCAGUUCACACGUACCAAAGUCUUAAGUGGUCCGGACAGAACGCCUACUUGAACGCCACUAGGUUUCCUCUUGUCGAUGAAGUUGAUAACAGUAAAAUUAUUUCCUUCGUUAAAGCAAGUGGCAACUUUAUGGAUGUAAUGGUUCGCGGAGCGGGACAUAUGGUUCCUGCAGACCAGCCGCGCGCCGCCAAACAGGUUAUAGACAUGUUUAUAAAAAAAUUCAAAUAA